UUUUGUAAUAUACAUGAAUCACCAAGUCCCUGUGCUUAUCUUUGACGUAUAUUACCUUGCCAGAAGAGAGUUCCAUUUAUCGGACAUUUACGUCUAAGUUAAGCAUGUUACCUGUUGUAGUGUUAGUGGCGAGUUUAGGGUACGCCUCUGCUAUUGUUUGUACCCCCGAGUUAUGUCAGGGAGUGGAUAGAGACACUCCCCUCAACUGUGCCGGAUCAGUCAUCAAAAAUGGCGGCUUCUGUGGCUGUUCAGACAUCUGUGCAAAGGUGGAAGGUGAGGCGUGUCAGUCCACUUACAUGUUCGGAAUGAUCCCCGCCGGUCGCUGUGACGACGGACUUGAAUGCGUACAUGACACUUCGGAACACUCCCGACUGGGUGUUGGAAGCUGCCAGAUGAAACAAGAUUCCGCCAGAUCUCUGGACGGACAUGCACAGACAGCAUGUGAGCAGAUGCGGGCAGUUCAGCAGAUAUCUUUUGUGAUAUAUACAGGACAAUGGAUGGCCAAGUGUGACGUCAUGGGAAACUUUCAGCCAAAACAGUGUGACAAUCAAAAUAAGUGUUUCUGUGUUGACAUCAAGUCUGGUAGUCUGUUGACGGAGAGACAGCUCGGUGACGUGGACUGUUCUGGAACUCUCCACACCUGGUCACAUGCUGCAGAACCUUUGAUGGUGUCACGGGAUUUGGUUAGACACACCGCCACAACGUGUGAACAGGCCAGAUCGAGAGAGAUGCUGUCUAUGGUCGUGUAUGAGGGACAAUGGUUUCCGAACUGUGACUCUGCAGGGAAUUUCUUGUCCCGUCAGUGCGACAAUCAACAUAAAUGUUUCUGUGUUGACACCUCGAGCGGUAAACUGUUGACGGAGAGACAACUCGGCAGUAUUGCUUGCUGAACUCUCUCUUAGAAUAACAGUGGACUAGGCAGACCCGUCUGUGUCCGAAAGUGUGAAAAAUAGCCACGUCCUCGUGUAUGCUGUAAAUUAAAUAUAACGACCGAA